CUAUAUAAAUUCCAACUUUUUCCCCUCAUCAUAGUUUGUGACUUUGUGUCUUCUUUUUUUUCUACCGCACUCUUUAAAGAAACAUAUUCUUGGGAUCUUUCAAUGUCAGAAGAAUUUCAAGAAUCCGAGGUUAUAUUUUCCGAUGAGUAUUUCACGAAGAAGAAGAAGAGCGACAACAAGAGUAGUAGCGACAACUACGAAAACAAGAAAGGGAAGGCGACGGCGGCGGCGACGGAGAGGAUUUCAUCUCCGGUGAGAAUACCGUCAAGAACUAGUUUCCGGUGUACGGAAGAGAUGGAAGAGGAAGAAGAGAUGACUCCGCCACAUGUCAUAAUCGGAAAACGAAGAACGGAGACGCAAAUGGCGUUUUCGUUUUGUACUCUUAAAGGAAGAGACUUGAGUCGACAUCGUAACUCCGUUCUUAGGAUGACCGGUUUUUUGGAAGUUUAGUACUUUUGAUGUCGAAAACAAUAAAAGCAAAUGAGUAUCAAUCCGGUUAAGUUUGGUCUGUUUUGGUUCGGUUUACGUCGUUUUUUUAUUUCAUUUGGAUGUAAUGUAAUAUAGCCCUUUGAAAACGAACCAAUUAACGUGUCAUGUUUUACACGUAUAACAUAGCGUUGGAACGAACCAAUGUACCACGCAAGAUUCGUUAUAUAUAUUUUGGUGAA